AUGGCAUUGCUUGGUAUCCUUCUUUCACCUUGGCUGGCCGUGGCUAUCCCCAUCUGGUUGUCGCUGUACUAUAUAGUCCCCUAUUUUACAACAUAUCGACACUUGAGUCGGAUCCCAGGGCCCUGGUCUGCCAAAUUCAGCAACAUUUGGGUCGGACUGGGUGCUCGUCGAGGUCAAAAAUAUGCAGCGGUCGACUCAGCCCAUCGCAAAUAUGGCAAUGUUGUUCGCAUCGGUUUCAACCACGUAUCUAUUGCCGACGAGCGAGCUUUGAAUAUCAGUCACUAUUACGAAGCGUUCGUGGCCCGGACGCCAGGCAUGUUCAAUGUGCGCGACCGUGCAGAACAUACACGCAAACGCAAGAUCAUCUCCCAUGCUUUCUCGCCCAAGUCGGUUGCUGCAUUCGAACCGCUCAUGGCGGAGAAUCUACAGCGAUGGACGGCCCAGCUGGAUCGGAUCGCGGCUUCUGAGCCCCAGCAAAACGAAAAACACUUCGUUCGAUUCAAUGCGAUGCCUUGGCUCAGUUAUCUUGCCUUUGAUAUUAUUGGUGAUCUGGCGUUUGGGUCUCCGUUUGGUAUGGUCAACAAGGGGAAAGAUGAAGUUGAAACACAGCUGGUACCGGGUGGCCCCAUCUCAUACACUCCGGCAGUUGAAGUCCUCAAUCGACGGGGUGAGGUCUCUUCAACAAUGGGUCUUCUUCCUUCACUCCGUCCAUGGGCCAGAUACCUCCCAGAUCCAUUUUUUACCAAGGGUAUAGCGGCGGUGGAAAAUCUGACAGGAAUUGCUGUUGCGGCUGUUGCAUCUAGACUGGAUGCAGCGGAGAAGGGGACAGCCGAGUCCCGCAACGAUAUCCUGGCGCGUUUGCUACAAGCAAGGGAUGCAGAUGGUCAGCCGAUGGGACAAGAUGAACUCAUAGCAGAAGCGCUCACCCAGCUGAUUGCUGGUUCAGACACUAUAUCCAACACGGCAUGUGGUAUUUUCUAUUGGAUUCUGCACGGAGAACGCAGCGCCCCAGGCACGAUUGUUUCCCGGCUACAAGAAGAGCUAGACCAGGCCAUUGACCAAAAGUCAGAGAUUGCAUCUUACUCCGAAGUCAGAGAUCUUCCAUUCCUGAGAAGAUGUAUUGACGAAGCGAUGCGACUUCAUUCCACGUCGGCUCUUGGCCUACCACGUUUGGUCGCUAAUAAUGGGGCAGGUAUCAGGUUUGAUGAUUACUAUUUCCCACCUGGAACUGUACUCUCGGUACCAUCUUAUACGAUACACCAUAUGCAAGAAAUCUGGGGACAUGAUGUCGAAGAGAUGAGGCCUGAUCGCUGGCUGGAUUUGUCGGCUCGACAGAAGGCUGCCUUCAACCCAUUUUCCUAUGGCCCCCGUGCAUGUGUCGGGCAGAAUGUCGCUAUUAUGGAGCUGCAGCUGAUUAUUGGGACCCUCUUCCACCGGUAUGAGUUCGUUCUGUAUCAGCCGACUAUUCAGUCGCAUGAAGGGUUUUCGAAAAAGCCGGCGGAGUGCCAUGCAGGCAUUCGAUUGAGGAACCGAGCAUAG